AUUUGUGCUGCAGCAGACAGACAAAACACUAAUCGUGCUCGAGUCGACUGGGUGUACCCAGACGGAGCGACUAAAUAGCAAACUGUAGGCACUCGACAUAGGGAUCAGAUCGAUAGGAUACGGAAAGAAUCACAUAUGAAAGUACGAUAGGCAUCUAACGAAUGGAAUGAGAAAGAAACAACACAAACUGCAACGUACGAUAAGGAGAGAGGGUAAAAAAAGUAAGAGGAUUUCGCGAGCAGGUGCGGGGGAGAAUGUGAAGCACAAUGGCCAACUUUGAAGCCUACCAGGAGUACCAGCGGAUUGAGGACUUCGAGGAGGACUCGCCGCCCGGAGAGGAGGACCUGCUCGUGCAUGUGCCGGAGGGCCUGCGAGACUCGUGGCAUCAUAUCAAGAAUCUGGACAACUUCUUCACAAGAAUCUACCAUUUCCACCAGAAGAAUGGCUUUGCAUGCAUGAUGCUGUCCGAGUUCUUCGAACUGGUACAGUUCCUGUUUGUGGUCACCUUCACCACCUUCCUCUUCAACUGCGUGGACUACGACGUCCUCUUCGCCAACCGGGCGGUGAACCACACGACGCACAGCCAGAACCCCCUGGACAGGAAUAAGGUCACGCUGCCAGAUGCCAUCCUGCCCAGCCAACAGUGCACUGAGAGGAUCCGGGAGAACAGCUGGAUCAUCUUCCUCCUCAUCAUGGCCGCCACCUUCUGGGUCUACCGCCUCAUUAAGGUCUUCUGCAACGUCCUCAGCUACUGGGAGAUCCGCCAGUUCUACAUCAAAGCCCUGAAGAUUCGGAUGGACGAGCUGUGCAACUACACGUGGCAGGAGGUGCAGGGCCGUCUGAUCAGCCUGCAGCGGGAGCAGCAGAUGUGCAUCCACAAGAAGGAGCUGACGGAGCUGGACAUCUACCACCGCAUCCUGCGCUUCAAGAACUACAUGGUGGCCAUGGUCAACAAGUCGCUGCUGCCCGUGCAGCUGCAGCUCCCCCUGCUGGGCGACGUGGUCUUCCUCACGCAGGGCCUCAAGUACAACUUCGAGCUCAUCCUGUUCUGGGGGCCCGGCUCGCUCUUCCAGAACAAGUGGAACCUGCACCCCAAGUACAAGCGGGCGGGCAACAGGCUGGAGCUGGCCCAGCAGCUGAGCCGGGUCAUCCUGCUUAUGGGGCUGGCCAACCUGCUCCUCUGCCCCUUCAUCCUGGUCUGGCAGGUGCUCUACGCCUUCUUCAGCUACACGGAGGUGAUCCGGCGGGAGCCGGGCAGCCUCGGGGCGCGGCGCUGGUCCCUCUACGGCCGCCUGUACCUGCGGCACUUCAACGAGCUGGACCACGAACUGCACGGGCGCCUGGGCCGCGGCUACAAGCCCGUCUCCAAGUACAUGAACUCCUUCACCUCGCCGCUGCUGGCCGUGCUGGCCAAGAACGUGGCCUUCUUCUCGGGCUCGGUGCUGGCCGUGCUCAUCGCCCUGACCGUCUACGACGAGGACGUGCUGACCGUGCAGCACAUCCUGACCGCCAUCACCGUGCUGGGCGUGGUCAUCACCAUCACCAGGUCCUUCAUCCCGGAUGAGCACAUGGUGUGGUGUCCGGAGCAGCUGCUGCAGUGCGUGCUGGCCCACAUCCACUACAUGCCGGACCACUGGAAGGGCAACGCCAACAAGAGCGAGACCCGCGACGAGAUGGCACAGCUCUUCCAGUACAAGGCGGUCUUCAUCCUGGAGGAGCUCCUCAGCCCCAUUGUCACACCCUUCAUCCUCAUCUUCCUCCUGCGGAACAAGUCCCUGGAGAUCAUCGACUUCUUCCGCAACUUCACCGUGGAGGUGCUGGGCGUGGGCGACAUCUGCUCUUUCGCCCAGAUGGACAUCCGUCGCCACGGCAACCCGCAGUGGAUGUCGGAGGGCCAGACGGAGGCCUCGGUGUACCAGCAGGCGGAGAACGGCAAGACGGAGCUGUCCCUCAUGCACUUCACCAUCAAGAACCCGCGCUGGCAGCCGCCGCAGGAGAGCUCCGUCUUCAUCAGCCACCUGAAGGAGAAGGUGCAGCAGGACGCUGUGGGUGGGCCGUCCACCCAGCUGCUGCUGUCCGAGGCGCCCCUCUGCACCUCGCUGCUGUCCAACGAGUCCGCCACCGGCCCCGACAACCUGCUGGCCAGCGUGCUGGCCCACCCGGUGCUGACGGCCUCCGGGCUUGCGGGGCGCGACCGGCGCUUCGUCCCGCCCAGCACCGCCGCCUCGGCCGCCGCCAGCGUGCUGGCGUCCCUGUCUGGCUCCCAGCUGCCCGCCCGGCCCCGCACCCACACCCUGCUCCCGGCCAACCACCCCGAGAGCCCCAUGUACUGCAGCGACCGCACCGUGGUGGACAGCAUGUCUGUCAGCGAAUCGCGGCUCCGCGGCCAGACGAGCUCUGCCCUGCACUCGGAGUUCGCCUCAGCUGAGAUGAGCCUCCACGCCAUCUACAUGCACGAGGUCCACCAGCAGAGUUCGCUGCCCCAACGUUCGACAGGACAGUGGCAGACUCCCGUGCCAAUGAGGGACCUCAGCAGCACAGGUGCUCAGAUGCACCCCAUCCACACAGGAAGUCUCUCUGUCCCCACCCCGCUGCGAGGAUGGACGGAGGAAGAGGAGGAGGAGGAAGAGGAGAUCAACAACAGCUCACCGCCACGGCAGGACAAAGGGAGCAGUUGCUGAAGUGCCUUAACGUACUGGGUUUUUACAAUGUUUUUUUGUUUUUUUUUUUCCUUGAACGUUGUGGCCUUAGAUCAUCUGUCGGAAACCUUAUCAGUGUUGGUAUGGGACAUGUCUGUCGGAGUGCAGAGUGAAACAUGAAGCAUGAGGAGUGCACGGUCGGAGG